AUGUCAGCCUAUCAAGAUAACGAGAAGUAUGGUGAGGAGCGAGUCGAGUACACUGAGAAGUCUUCACGAAGAGCCAGUGUGGCAGAAGAAGUCCUCGAUCUCAGUGGUAUUGAGGCAACAGCUGCAUCCAAGGCAGCAUGGCUCAUCUCUUUGACAAUUUCACAAGCUGGCCUUCUUUUUGGCUAUGAUACUGGCUAUAUCUCUUCCGUGCUCGUCACUCUUGGAAGUGCGCUUGGCCACGAGCUUAGUCAUUCGGAGGAGGAACUCGUUACCUCUCUCACUUCUGGCGGAGCGCUCGUUGGAGCAGUCUACGCUGGUCUCUCAGCAGACAAGUAUGGUCGCAAAAUGCCUAUCUGGGUCGCAUGCGUUCUCUUCCUGGUCGGAACCAUCCUCCAAACCGCUGCAUUCUCUGUGGCACAAUUUGCAGUGGGCCGAUUCAUCGUUGGUUUAGGUGUUGGUUCUGCCUCUAUGAUCGCUCCGCUUUUCAUUGGCGAGAUCGCUCCGGCACGAUAUCGUGGACGUAUGAUCGCAUUCAACAAUCUGAGUGUCACUUUUGGUCAAUUCAUUGCCAGUUGUCUUGGAGCUGGUUUUCAGCACGCAGGACCACAAGGAUGGCGUGCCACUGUUGGGAUCGGCGCAAUCCCAGCGAUCACGCUUGCUGGACUCCUCUUCUUUGUCCCCGAAUCUCCACGUCAACUUGUUGCACACGGCAAGGUAGAGCAAGCCGACAGAAGCUUGCAGAAAAUUUACACGACUUCGACCGAACAACAGCGAGCUAAUAAGAUUAAAUCGAUCCAGGUAUCUCUCGAAGAGACUAAGUCGGUCAUGUCUGAAACCAGCUUGUGGCAGACUGCUGGCAAGAUUUUCACAAAUGCAGCAACCGCUCGAGCCGUUGGUACAGCUUGCAUCGUCAUGGCAGUCAGUCAACUCGGAGGUUUCAACACACUCAUGUACUAUGCCGCAACCCUCUUCGCAAUUGCUGGAUUCUCCAAUGCCACCGCUGUCGCUAUCACUGUGUCCGCUACGAAUUUUGUCUUCAGCUUUGUCAAUCUUGUCUUGGUCGACCGAUUUGGCCGUCGCAUCAUCCUAUGCGUCACAAUCCUCGGCAUGGCGAUCUGUAUGGCGGUUGCUGCAAUCUCAUUUCACUUCAUUCCGAUCUCACAAGCCGACCUCUCGAUUUCUGGCGUGGCACCUACCUGGGCUGCACCUCUACUUCUGGUUGCGAUUGUCUGCUACGUUGCGUUUUUCAGCUCCGGUGUCGCAACCAUUGCGUGGAUUGGCACGGAACUCAUUCCACUCGAGGUCCGAGCUAUUGGUACCAUGUUCAAUACUGUCACCUGCUGGUCUACGAACAUCAUUAUCGCAUCUACAUUCUUGAGCAUUAUGAAAGGUGCUUCACCGACUGGUGCUUUCAGUCUUUAUGGCAGUAUCUGCUUCUUAGGCUGGCUGUUUGUCAUCUUCUGCUACCCGGAGGUGAAGGGUAUGCCGCUUGAGAGUAUCCGAGAGGUCUUCCAGAAUGGAUUUGGUGUACGUUACAGCAAGCAAUGGCAGAGAGAAAACAAGCACGUGCCAAAGGUUGUGACGCAGACUUUUGGACAUUAG